AUAUUUUAAAAGCUUGCAACUCCAAUGAUAAAGAUAAGUCAAAAUCAAAAUUAUUUUGAAAUAUGUGAAAAAAAAACACAAGUAGAAAAAUGGUUUUAUUGACUAACAUAAAAAACACUACAAUUAACUAAUUAUUAGAAGCAUCUGAAAUAAUAAAAUGAAUACAUUAAAGUCACUUGUGCAGCGUAGAUGUCCUAAUUUAUUAUUUAGUCGUUCCGCUACUACUAAAAAGAAAAUCCAUGAUCCCCAAGAUGAAGAAAAACUACCAAUUUUCCAAUAUCCAAUAAGUAAGAGUUCCGAUAGAAGAGUGUACGUCUGGGGGUUGGCAGAGACUGGCGCGCUUGGCAUCCAUUUGCCUAGGCGGAAGAAGACCGGCAAGAAAUCCUACAGGAACGACUUUACUUUUGUCUGGUAUCCGAUGAGAUCUAGCUUUUGUGAAAGAUUUGAUGUGACACAUAUAGCAUGUGGGUAUGGAUUCACAGUUGCAUCAGUGAAAACAAGUGAACAACACAAAGUAUUUGGCACCGGUAUAAACACAGACUCACAGAUCGGCUACCACGCUCCUAGGAUUGGACGUCCCUUAGAAAUGUUGCUCAGUCCAGCACCUAUUUAUAUACCAUAUAAAUCUUUAGAAACUAAGAUUACAGGCUUAGCAGCAGGCAGAGCUCAUACUCUCGUACUCACUGACAAUGAAGGAGUAUAUUCAUUAGGUAAUAAUGCGUAUGGGCAGUGUGGGAGAAAGAUAAAUCCCAAUGAAGAGUACAGAGGGAGCAUGGCAUCCCAUAAUAUCAAAAGCUUAGGAAAAGAAAAAAUUAUCGAUGUUUGCUGUGGACAAGAUCAUAGUCUAUUUAUAACAGAAUCAGGUAAAGUAUUCUCGUGUGGGUGGGGAGCGGACGGACAGACGGGUCUGGGUAAAUAUGACAAUCAAGGCCACCCUGCCGCUGUCAAAGGAGACAUUACCAGUGAAAAGAUUGUUAAAGUUGCAUCUACCGGUGACUGCGUGCUUGCUUUGAAUGAUAAAGGAGAACUUUUUGGAUGGGGCAACUCAGAAUAUGGACAAGUACCAAUGGCCACAAAUCAGCAACAAGUGAACAUGUCAUACGCUCUCGUCAAUUUUACUAAAGGAUUAGGAAAAAUUGUGGACAUCGCAGCCGGUGGCUCCUUUUGUCUUAUUUGUAAUGAAUACGGUGACGCUUUUGUAUGGGGUUUCGGUUUAUUAGGACUCGGUCCUAAUGUACAACAUGCUAAGAACCCUACACAGAUUCCACCCCCAUUGUUUGGAAGGAAUGAAUUUAACCCUGAAGCAAUGGUAACAAAAGUUGCUUGUGGAAUUGGGCAUUUAGCGGCAAUAACAAAUAACGGUGACCUUUACAUGUGGGGGAGGAACAGACACUGCUGUUUAGGUUUAGGCCACGGAAAGGAUCAAAAUUUUCCAUUAAAAAUAAGUGUUGGUGCCCACGUCUUGUCGGUCAAAUGUAGUGUUGAUCAUACUGUUGCUAUGUGCAAGCCUUUUACGUAGUUGUUUUUAUUGUGUAUUAUAAAUAUAUAAGCUAUAGUUAAA